AUGGCUCUUGAUGAUUCUUCACCACGCAUUGCAAUAUGGACUCAGGUGGUGCCAACGCUUGCCGUUGACCAUGCUUUCCUCAUGCAUGGGGUCUUGGCCGUUUCUGCCGCCCAUCUCGCACGAACUCGGCCCAAUCAGAGAGACAGAUAUUUACCGAUAGCCCACGAGCAUCACGAUCGUGGACUUGAAUUAUUUCAGGAGCUUGACCGAGCGGGAAUACCUUCGGCUAAUGUCCACUCUCUUCAUGAAGCCAAGAUUACUUUCAAGCUCAUGCAAGUAGUUUUGUCUCUUGCGCUUACUGAGCCUACACGUGACGCCGACCAAGACCUGGAUAGUUUUACAGACUGGUUAGUCUCGCUACGUUUCUUCUUCAGGACAGCUCACCAACUCUAUGAUGGCCUUGGGGGCCGCGAGAGCCGCAUCACCGCAUUACUGCGCCGCGCAGAAGAUGGCCCACCAGAGCUCUCCAGGUUGGAUGAGGGCCUAGAAAAAUCUCUUAAUCUCCUAGACGCCAAGAACCGUACAAGCGAGAACAACACUUCGGCCAUUGAUAAAGAGCACAUUAGCGACGCAAUUGCCAAGACUAAGCUAUGGAUGCGUCUCGUCUCGCUACGACCUCGGACCGCCUUGUUUGUUGCUACUUGUGCCAUUAACCUGGGCGCUGACUUUUUCCGGCUGGUGAAGCAAAGGAACCCCGAGGCGCUCAUGGUCAUGGCUCAUUUUCUGGUGCCCAUGUGUCGUAUGCCCAAGCGGUGGUUCUGGGACGGCCGGUUCGAUGGGAUUAUUGCGACAAUUGUAAAGAUGCUGCCGGCUGAAGACUGGCAGGUCCAUCUAAAAUGGGUGUUGGGACAAGUCGACAUAUCCAAUCCCUAA